AUGACUGGCUGGGAUUAUGCAGUUAAUUUUCUUCUUUAUUUACAAUGCUUGCUUACAGUGAGAUUUGCGACUGGCAAUACAUGCUCCACUAAUCUCACUACUUGCUCAGUUGCUACUACCACGGGACGCAUUGUUGGCGACUGUUCUAAUCCAACACUUUACAAAUAUUUUUCUAUUCCCUAUGCUAAGCCUCCCAUUGGUGACCUUCGAUUAGAAGAUCCAAUUUCGUUUACCCAAAAUUCUACUGUACUUAUUCAAGGAAAUGAAUUACCAUCGUACUGUCCUCAAAUUGGAAAUUCAGAUGAAUCUGAAGACUGUCUUUAUCUCAAUAUUUGGUCACCAAGUUCAUUGUCAAUUUCUCGACCUGUUUUGUUUUGGAUUCAUGGUGGUUCAAAUUUACUAGGAAGCGGAUCUGAUCCUUACUUUGAAGGAACAAAAUUCGCAUCAUCUCAAAAUGUUGUAAUUGUUACUUAUAACUACAGACUUGGUCUUUUGGGUUACUUUGAUGACAAUGAUAAUACCAAUUUUGCAAUUAAGGAUACAAUAAUGGCUUUAAAAUGGGUCCAAGACAACAUCUCUAGGUUUGGAGGAAACAAAAACCUUGUUACUGUUUUUGGAAACAGUUCUGGUGGGGCGAUAAUUAGAGCCCUGAUGAGUUCUUCCAAAGCAAAUGGUUUAUUUCAGAGAGCCAUUAUUCAAUCUGAUCCUGAUGGUUAUGGUUUUAACGAAAGAAGUUUUUCAAAUGGAUACCUUACAGCUAAGUUUUUGGAAAUGCUUGGGUGUGAUGAUAAAGCCUGUGUGAAAACAAAGUCUAUCUCUGAUAUUGUUACCGCUCAAUUAAGUGUUGCUAGUACACAAAUAAACCCACUCCAAUACCCUAAAGUUAACAUUGCGUCAAUAAUUGCACCUAUAAUUGAUGGCGAUCUAAUAAUUAAAGACUAUUGGGAGUAUGUCAACUCUGGAUCUCUUCCUUCUGGCGUGGAUACUAUUGUUGGAUUUACAAAGGAUGAAGGUGGGGCUGCAAUAAACACACUUUUACCUAGUGCUUUAACCGCUGAAAGUGCAAUCAAUACUGCAUAUUAUCUUCUUGGGGUUGAUAGAGCAUCAUAUUUACUUGCAAGCAAUGUGUUCCCAUUUAAUACUUAUACAGGUGAUGGCCGUUCAAUUUUAGCUAAUAUUUCAACCGAUCUUCUUUGGAGAUGUCCAACUCAGUACAUCUCUCGACGCAUCGUGGAGACGAAAAUGAGAAAUAUAUACCUUUACCAACUCAAUAAAGGGAUUCAGUAUUCAACAAACAUUAAUUACCCACUAUGUACUAAUGCAGUGUGCCAUCAGGAUGACAUUCCUUUAACUUUUGGAAAUUAUCCUUCAGGAACCAGUACUGACCUACAGAGUCUUAGUUUAAGUAUACAGACGGCGUGGGCCAAAUUUGCCAAAUACGGAUAUCCGCAAACUUGUGGCAGUAUCAGCUGGCCUAAAGCUUUAACAACAUCCAAUUUAAAUAUAUGUCAGUUUGGAAGUAAUUCGUUAUUGGCAUCAGUAACGCCCAAUGAAUGUCAGGUUUUUGAUUCUAUCAAGUAUCCAUUUCAGUUAUAA